GAUGGAAGCAGUUAGAGACGGUUAUAGCGACCCAAGAUAUGCAGAUAGCUAUUUUAGAUCACAAAACACUGAAAGUUCAAUCAAAGUAGCCCCUCAUCAGACUGGCAAAACCUAUGUUUGGAAAAUGCAAGGCUACACUCAUUGUAGUGCGAGUUGCCUUGGUGGUGUGCAAGAAUCCAUUAUAAUGUGUAUUCAAAAAGAUGAUGAAAAAGUUGUGGGACCAUUUCUUUGCUCAACCCAAACAAGACCAGAAGCCCUAACUCGAACAUGUAAUGAACAUCCUUGCCCUCCCAGGUGGAAUAUGACUGAGUUUCAACAAUGUUCGAAGCCAUGUGGCAUUGGCAUACAGACCAGAGAGGUGCACUGUAUUCAUGAGGUAACUCUUGGAGGUGGUAAUACAGUUAUUGUUCCUAAUCACAUGUGCCCCCAGCCUCAACCAAUUGAUCGUCAACAGUGUAAUGUAGUGGAUUGUGCUGUUGAAUGGCAUACUUCAAAAUGGAGUAAGUGCUCUAAACGCUGUGGAGGAGGAGUUAAAAGAAGAACAGUAGAAUGUAAACAAAUAAUGGUCCAAGAAAAUAUUGUUUCACGACCAGCAUCUCAAUGUCCAAAAAACAAACCUCCAGAAAUAAGACCUUGUAACACAAAACCCUGUCCAACUGAAGAACAACGACCACAAAUUAUGGCUGCAAAUCAAUCAUAUAUACAAUCCAAUCCUUCAAGCCGAGAAGAAGUUGAUCUAAAAAUUGGUGGUAAUGCUCAAAUUUUCCAUGGAUCACCAGUCAAAAUUAAAUGCCCAGUUAAAAAAUUUGACAGGUAUUUAUAUUCAGGUAUUUAUUCAGGCAUUUAUAAUAAUUGGAUGUACCGAAUACUAAUCUGA